GGACGUCUUUUGGUCAAGUGAGUAAUUCAAGAGUACCGUCUUGUUUAAAUUGUCUCACCUUGACCGCCAAGAAUAAAGUUGUAGCAAAACCAAAUUUGUUUAGGAUUUGGUAUUUAAUUAAGUCAUGGCUAAAUAGGAUUUAUAGUCAAACUUAUACAGAAAUAGGUUUUUCAGUUUAUAAUCAAAGUAAGUUUCCUAUUAUUAUAAAUAGGAGUGUUGCUAGCUAUUUUAAAUUGUGGAGAAUUAUAGAGAGCAGUUAAAUAUUUAUUGAGUUAAUAUCAAUUCAUGUCUUCCUCAAAGAUGAUCGUGUUGAAGAGCUCUGAUGGCGAGACUUUCGAGGUGGAAGAGUCUGUGGCUAUGGAAUCACAGACCAUCAAGCACAUAAUCGAGGACGAUUGCGCCAACACCAGCAUCCCUCUUCCUAAUGUUACAAGCAGAAUCUUGGCUAAGGUGAUUGAGUACUGUAGGUGCCAUGUUGAUGCUGCUGCUAAGACUGAUGACAAAGCCUCUGAGGAUGAUCUCAAGAACUUUGAUGCUGAUUUCGUCAAAGUUGAUCAGAGCACCCUCUUUGAUCUUAUUUUGGCUGCUAACUAUUUGAACAUAAAGAGCCUGCUUGAUCUCACCUGUCAGACUGUGGCAAACAUGAUCAAAGAGAAGACUCCAGAGGAAAUUCGCAAGAUCUUCAACAUCAAGAAUGACUACACGCCCGAGGAAGAGGAGGAGGUUAGGAGGGAGAAUGCUUGGGCAUUUGAGUGAAUCUGAUGUUUUUAAGUGCCCAUAUUCUGGGUGAUACAGUUACAAUAUACAUUAGUAGAUGUUGUCAACAAUCUUUAUGUUAGUACUACUAAAUAUGUUCCUAACAUUUGCUUUGGAGCCUAUUAAUUAGAUUUUGUUGUUCUUCCUAACUUUUGCAUUGGAACUUUUCACAUCUUUGUUCAAUGAAGAUAGUUACUUCUCUAUUUUGCUAAAAAAAGGAAGAAAAAUUAAAUUGAUUUAAUUAAAAUAAAAAAGAAAACGAAUAAAACAUAAUCCUUCAAAGUGUCGCCUGUGUGGCUAAUGAUUAUGUUGG